UCCAAAAGCGGCAACAAAGAAAAGCAAUGACCAACAAAAACAAGGAAAUAGCCGCAACUUACAUCCCGCAAGCCUGUCUAGUUUGAAAAGACUCGCCGGUAGUUCAAAAUGAGCUCAUAUGUUGACAGCUCCAGUCUCAGGCAAACAAGCGAGACAACUUCUCCUAACACUAUGUUUAGUUUCGAUCUGUCCGGGCGCAGAUCCAGCCCGUAUGAGGGUGUUAAUGUGAACGGGAUAUUCUCCUGUCCCGUCCCCGCGACCUCUGCCGAGCGGGAGGAGAUGAAAACAAGCCUGCGUGGCAGCGCGGAGCCUCCUCUCCCGCCAGGACCACAGAUCACCAUGGUCUCCACCAGCUCGUCCGUGGACGCAGGCGGGUUCGACUACGGCGGCGGCGGCGGCGGCGGCGGCGGCAAGCUUCUGGGACGCGGGGCGGACAGGGAGCCGGAGAGGAGCGCCAGGUCCGGCGGCAACAAGAGCCAGGAGUGCGACAGGAACGCGGAGAGCGCGCAGGCGGUGAAACGAAACACAAACGUUAACCAGCGUCAGGAAAGUGAGCCGCGGCCGCAGAUUUAUCCAUGGAUGACAAAACUGCACAUGAGCCACGAAUCGGAGGGUAAGCGGUCCAGGACCAGUUACACCCGCUACCAGACUCUGGAGCUGGAGAAAGAGUUUCACUUCAACCGCUACCUGAGCCGCCGCAGGCGCAUAGAGAUCGCCCACACUCUGUGUCUAAACGAGAGGCAGAUCAAAAUCUGGUUCCAGAACAGACGAAUGAAGUGGAAGAAGGACUCAAAGAUCAAAGUGAAGGAGUAAAAGUGCACCAGUGAAACCGUGUGCACUUUGGGUUUUUUUUUUUCUUUCUUUCUUCUUCCUCCUCCUCGUGCACAGCGCUGGAGUGCCGCCUGACCUUCGGAUGAACUGCUAUAGGAGCAAUGACAUCAUGACACCGCUCCGCGCGCUUCAUCACCAAUUAUGUGUCACUUGCUGCAGUUUGGGACCUAAUGUAUUGAAUAUCACUCACUUUGAUCAAUCGGUUUACAUUUCUAAAUUAAUUUGCUGCCCAUGCGAUGAUAACCUCACUUUACUUUGCACGAGGGGAGCAGGAGGUUGAGGGGAGCCGCGUCCUGCACGCUGCGAGGCUGCAAGGUCUGCACAAUACUCAUUAGGAUAAGAGGAGGCAGAAGCCUGCAUCUUUUUAAACUCUUCAUGGACGUGUGACAAUAAUUGCUAAAAUCAGUGCAUCGAAUAAUGGCAAAAAUAAACAAAAUAAAUGGUUUCUUUUUGAGACUAUCUGACAUGUUGCAGGUGUGUUGUUGAAUGUGUGAUGUCUCUGUGACUGGAUCUCUGUGAAGGCGUCAUUAUCCAUGUUGUCUGUCAUAUUCCUGUGAAUCUGAACCAUUAUGUACAACUCAGUGACAUGUGUGUUAUAUUACUGUAAUGUGCAAUUAAAGUAUUUCUCUCCCCUUUGUAAACUCAAGGUGCCUGGUUAACACAGAGGCCUGGAUUAACUGGUA